AUCAACAACAUGAAGAAUGCAAACUUUCCCGUCGACAAUGAGGGUCGUACUUAUCAUGUCGGUGUCAAGCAUAAUGAGGUUGCCAACAGAAUCAUCACUGUUGGUGAUCCCAAACGAGCCUACAAGAUUGCUGAGCACUUGGACAGCACUGUUUUCAAGCAUGAAUCCAAGCGAGGUUUUACCACCAUCACUGGCACUUACAAGGGCACUCCCGUCAGUCUGAUUGCAAUUGGCAUGGGCACUCCCAUGGCUGAUAUGAUGGUUCGUGAAGUUCGUGAAGUGGUUUCUGGUCCUAUCAUCAUGAUCCGAUUUGGCUCCUGUGGUGGAAUUGGCGAAAACUCUCGCGUUGGUCUGAUGGCUGUGGCCAAGGAUGGUGCUGUUAAUGUAUGCCGCAACUACGACUACUUUGCUCCCAUGUAUUCUGGUACUGCUCCAGAGGCUACGUCUACAGAAGGUCCUUAUCUGGUUUCCAAGAUCUGUCCCUCUGAUGUUCAGCUCUCCGAAUUGCUUUAUUCCAGUUUGAGUGAUUGUCUUGGCAAGGAUGCUGUUAUUACUGGUCUGAAUGCUACUGCCGAUUCCUUCUACUCGUCGCAGGGUCGUCAAGAUCCUGGAUUCAACGAUCACAACAGCGAUCUGAUUGAUACUAUUCGUAAAAAGUAUCCCAACUGUGAAACCCUCGAGAUGGAAUCUCAUAUGCUUCUCCACCUUGCUCGUUGUGCCACUUUCCAUACUCCACAGGCUAGUAUCCGUGCUACUGCCUGUGCCAUGGUGUUUGCCGAUCGCAAAACCAAUGCGUUUAUUGCUCCCGAGACUGUUCAUGAACUUGAAGCAAAGGCCAGUCGUGCCAUUCUUGAUGCUCUUGUUGCUUGUCCCAUGAAAUAAACUACGAGUUUACUUGUAAGAAUUG